AGUUUUUAGUUUAAUUUCAUAAAAAUUGAUAAUAUUUAUUUGUGGUAGUAAUGAAUAUCAGCCACAAUUUUUGAUCGUAUUUUAUAACAUUUAGAUUUGUGUUUUCAAUUUUUACAAAAACAAUUUUUUUGUACGAAUUUUUUUACAUAAAAAAGAAAACUUAAUAUUAUAAAAAAAAAAAUACUUAAAGAAAAUUUAGUGAUAAAAAUGUCUUAUAAACAGCGAAAGAUUUUAAUGAUGGGAUACAGAUCUGUAGGGAAAUCAUCGUUAAGUAUACAAUUCGUUGAGGGACAAUUUGUUGAUUCUUAUGAUCCAACUAUCGAAAAUACAUUUUCGAAGACAACACGUGUAAAUUCACAAGAUUAUGAUGUAAAAUUAGUGGAUACCGCCGGACAAGAUGAGUAUUCAAUAUUCCCCGGACAGUAUAGUAUGGAUGUACAUGGAUAUGUUUUAGUUUAUAGUAUUACUAGUCAAAAAUCAUUUGAAGUUGUUAAAUUAAUUUAUGAGAAAUUGUUAGAUGUUACCGGCAAAGUACAUGUACCAAUAGUUUUAGUCGGCAAUAAAACUGAUUUACAUAUGGAAAGAGCUGUCAGCACCGAAGAAGGACGUCAAUUAGCUGAAAAUUGGAAAGCAGCAUUUUUAGAAACUUCCGCAAAACAGAAUGAAUCCGUUGCAGACGUAUUCCACACAUUAUUGAUGGAAAUUGAAAAAGCUGAUGGUAAUAUGCAAGAAAAAUCAAACUGUGUUAUUUCAUGAACAAUGAGACUGUUUUCCACACAUAUAAACAAAACACACACACACAAAUAAAAGCGAUAAAACGGUUCUAAUCAAGAAUUCAAACUGUAUAAAAUCAAAAUUUAGAUCAAUUUCAAAACGGGAAUUUUCUUUUGAGUUU